ACCUAUCACUCACUCUUCCAUCAUCAUUCAUGGUCUACCUAUUUAAAUUUAUGCAAUCUAUAUUCUAUAGAGUAUACUAAGAAGAAAGAAUAGAAGAUAUAUUAUCCUCAAAUAAUUAUUGCUCUUUAAACUCUUCAAGAAUCAAGCUUGCUAGCUAGAAUAGAACUUAAAAAUGUCGACGAACGAGGCCCAACAUGAAGUCCCUGGGAAGCAAACGAAAACCACCGGCACCUCUAUUCUUGAGACCGCAACUGCUGCAAUCCAAGGCUUCGCUCCCAUCAACAAAAUCCACCAACAUCUUUGCGCGUUUCACUUUUACUCUCACGACAUGACCCGGCAAGUGGAGGCACACCACUACUGCAGCCACCAGAAUGAGGAGAUGAGGCAGUGCCUCAUCUACGACAGCCCGAACAAGAACGCACGCCUCAUCGGGCUCGAGUACAUCAUCUCAGAGAACCUGUUCUUGACCCUGCCGGACGAGGAGAAGCGCAUGUGGCACUCUCACUUGUACGAGGUCAAGAGCGGCAUCCUCUUCAUGCCGAAAGUCCCCGGCCCCAUAGAGCGUCAGGACAUGGAGACAGUGUGCAAGACUUAUGGUAAAGUCUACCAUUUCUGGCAAGUCGAUAAAGGGGAUGCUCUCCCACUCGGGUUGCCUCAACUCAUGAUGGCUCUCACUAGAGAUGGCCAGGUUUAUGAUCACCUCGUCCAAAGCUGUGCGGAGCGUAUGGGGGUGGACUUUGAGAAACAGAGAAAGGACAGGGAAUACAUGACAGGGCCUACACAUGGAAUUCACCCUUUGGCAAAUGCAGGUGGUAAGGGCCUUGAGACUCGACUCAGGGAGGUGGAACUGAAGCAUGAUGAACCUCCCAGAUCCGCCACAAGGGUCUUCGUUUGAACAUAACAUGUUAUGACUUCUGUCUGUAUAUAAUAUAAUAAGCUCCCU